AAAAAAAAAAAUCAUGACGGAUAGUUCUUCGAGACCUAAUAUUAAAGUGAAAUCAAAAAAUAACAGAAUAUCUGAUGAUCCACGUUUCGCCCAUGUGCGAAAGGAUCCACGUUUUGUUCGUCCGAAAAAAAAGGACGUGAAGAUUGCUUUAGACGAUCGUUUCGCUCAUAUGCUAACCAGCGAAGAGUUUAGCGAUGCUCUUAAGGUUGACAAAUACGGAAAGCCGAUUUCAUCAGAUAAAGCGGAUAAAGGAUUAAAAAGAUACUAUAAUUUAAAAGAAGAUGAUGAGUUUUUAUUUAAAAGUGAAUCUUCAAAAACAAUCAAUAUAGAAGAUCAAGCAACUACAGAAGAAGAAACAGAUGAAGAAAAUUUUGAUUUGUCAACCCUUGAUUUUGCUAGAGGUGAAGGCGUUCUUGAAUCAUCUUCUGAUGACGAAGAGGAAUAUGUUUAUUCAAAAAAUAAUAAUUCGGUUGAGCAACAGGGAUCCAGUGAAUCAGACGAGCAGGUUCCAUUAGGAGAUGAGACUCAUCGACUUGCUGUAGUCAACCUUGAUUGGGAUAAUGUAAAAGCAUCUGACCUUAUGAAAGUGUUCAGUGGUUUUAUACCAGAUGGAUCUAUUAUAUUUUCUGUAAAAAUCUAUCCUUCAGAAUUUGGAAAGGAACGCAUGGAAAAGGAAACACGAGAAGGCCCACCAAAGGAAAUUUUUAAAUCAACAUCAGCCUCGUCUGAUCGUGAUGAUGAGGAGAUUAACCUAAACGACCAUAUCAUUAAUGAUAAUGGAGAGGAAUUUGACUCGGAAGCAUUAAGAAAAUAUCAAUUGGAGCGACUUAGAUAUUAUUAUGCUGUUGUUGACUGCGAUACUGUUGAAACCGCUCGUCAUAUUUACCAACAAUGUGACGGUGCAGAAUUUGAAAGCACGUCUAAUUCUUUUGAUCUUCGCUUUAUACCCGAUGACUUGGAAUUUAAUGAUGAAUUAAAAGACGAAUGUUUCCAAGCGCCUGAUAUGUAUGAACCUGUUGACUUUGUCACUGAUGCAUUGCAAUAUUCAAGUGUGAAAUUGACUUGGGAUGGUGACGAUCCGGAUCGUGUAAAGACUAUACGUCAAACAUUAUCGAAAAAAAAUAUUGAUGAUAUGGAUUUUAAAAAUUAUAUUGCUUCGUCCAGCGAGGAAUCAGGUGAUGACAUAGAAGAAACAAGGCGAAAGUAUAAAAAUUUGUUAUAUGAAAUUGAAAAUGAAAAUGCGGAAACAGAUCAAGAAAUGGAAAUUACAUUUACUCCUGGAUUGAGUGAGGUGGCUGCCGUGAAUUCAGAAAAGGCCAUUGAAAAUGAAACGAGCUUGGAGACAUAUUUGCGUAAACAACGUGAAAAACGCAAAGAAAAGAAGAACGCGAAAGAGAAACAAAUGGAAAAUACAAGCGAUGAUGACAAUGUUGGAAGAAAUUCGAACAAUCUUCAUUUAAUAAACUCGAAUAUUUCAAAACCAAAAUCCAAAAAACCGCACAAAUUUUCUAAAGAAGAGCACAAGGAGGCUGAUCGACAAAAGGCCGAAUUAGAACUUUUAGUUAUGGAUGAUGAGAAAGAGGUUCAUAAACAUUUUGAUUUAAAAGAGAUUAUUAAAAACGAGAAGAGAAAGAAUAAAAAGAAAAAAAUAAAAAAAGAUUCUAUUCAGGAUGACGAUGAUUUUGAAAUUAAUGUUAAUGACUCUAGAUUUGCGGCAUUACACGAAUCACAUCAUUUCGCAAUAGACCCUUCUAAUCCACAGUUUAAAAAGACUAAAUCUAUGGGUAAACUUUUGGAAGAACGACAACGACGCCAGUCUGAACCAAGUCAACAGAAGUCUAAUACAGCUUUUGAGGAAAUCUCAAAUGAUAAGGAUCCAAAUAUCAAAGAUUCAAAUCUAUCAUUAUUAGUAAAUUCUGUAAGCUUUUUGACUAUAAACAAAUAUUACUUUAUUACUAAACAAUAUUAUUAAUAAGAUCUACUUUUAUAGGUAAAGCGAAAGAAUGCAUUAGC